AUGUUGUUUGCUGUCUUAGCCUCCCCAAUUUUCGUUCCGCUUUUCACCACUUUUAUCGCGCUUGUGGCCCCGCCAGAAGUCGUGACACCUGAAGCACUACUAGAAUUUUUCCAGGAUCCUUCACUGGCAAACUACUAUGCAACAACCACCAAGGCGACAUCAAUUGCCCCAAUCAAAAUUGGACUAAAAUCUUGUCCAACUUUUAUCCCAAUGACAGAUGAACGUGAAUUGUUCCAAACCAAGGAAUCUCAUCCGAGACCAAAUACCCCAAUUGCCAUUACCCUCUUUGACUAUGAUGCCCCACCUCCAAUUACAAACUAUGGACUGACGCCCAGCAUCCUCAACUUGGCUACAAUUGCCAAAACUCAAACUCCAAGUGGAAUCACCAGUCCUACUGCUACCACUACUAGCAGAGGUUUGAGAAGAUCCGAAGAACUUCAGACAAAAUUGUGGACAGGACCAAGCGAGGACGACCUUCUUCUGAUGAAACCAAUGGUAGUAGUAAUCAAUGCUCCCACAGGACUUCGACAGGAAUUGGAACUAAAGUUGGCGAGUACAAGAGCUGAAGAAGACUUUUGGAGUAUCAAGACAAUUUCCAAACUUCUACAGCUAUUCUUGUUGCGAAUUAAAACGUGGUUUUCAGAGUCCCAAGCAAAACGGUCUACUAUACUAACUACAUUGAUGAUGCUGGCCAAGGUACAUGGGCCGCCGAUGAAGUACAAGGUGGAGGCUACUAGAUGGAGAAGGAAGAUUAUGAGACUUGAUCAGCCCCGAAAGUAG